GCGUGACUUGACUUCUUGAGACCUACCACGUUCCUAGAGAUACUCUUUGCAUCGAAGUUUGCUGCCUACUAUCCAUAAAGAUGGCUUCUGAGAUGGAUAUCGACCAGCCCGCCUCGGACGACCGCGGACCGUCCUUCACGGGCAAGGAGACACGCACCCGCGCCGGUGCAGUCGCCGUUAGAAGCAUAGAGGGAUGGAUCGUUCUAGCGACCAAUAUUCACGAGGAAGCUACAGAGGAAGACGUUACCGACUUAUUCGCCGACUAUGGAGAGAUCAAGAAUUUCAACUUGAAUCUGGAUCGUAGGACGGGUUAUGUGAAGGGCUACGCGCUGAUCGAAUACACGACUCUCCCCGAAGCGGAGGCCGCUAUCAAAGCUCUCAACGGCACAAAGCUGCUCGACCAGACCAUCGAAGUUGAUUUUGCUUUUGUGCGAGCGCCGGCGUCUAAUAAGGGCAAAUGGGCCGGUGGCAACGGAAAUCGCGGCCGGGGCACCCGGGGAAGAAGUCGAAGCCGAGAGCGAAGUCGCAGCCCCGAGGCAGACAAGGCUUAAUGAGUGACGGUGGAACUAAGCACGCUCGCUAUAUAAGCAACAGGGCCUUUUGAAAGAGAACCGAGGAAUAAAGUAAAAUGAUUGCCAGAGGACGCAAAAUGACGUUUACAUUGCAGGAGAUACGGGAUCUUUCUACUUGUCUGGACAUGCCGCAUGGGAACGCGCGUAAAGAAAGCUACGUCUGUGAUGUGGUCCGAGAUUCUUCUCACCAAGCGUGGUUGGCACGAUUCUGAGCAUAGCGUUGGCGCACCUGUUCUUGGGCCGGCUCUGUCUUCCUUAAUCACUGCACCGUGCUGUGUUUUCGCGCGUUGUGGUGAGGAAGACAGGUCGGCGCUUGAUGAAUAAAAUGAUUAGAAACAAUUUAUGAUUUCCAAAUUUAAAUGAAAUCUUUAAUGAUGCUUAGUUUGGAAUAGGCACAUCACUUUUUUCGGUUCAACAAGCACAUAUCUGUGUAUACACCAUCCCAACAAUGCCUGUCCGCCACUUAGGAUAGCAAUGACCGCUUCACCUUGCAACCAGUAGCAAAUCCAUCCAAGAGGGUAUGCAACGGAAAGGCCCUCCUGUCCAAUCCUCUAGCAAUCGGCAGCGUUCAUCCCUCGUUGCCGUAGUGUGUAAAAGGGAAUGGUUAGGCACAAAUGGUAAGGGGUUGGAAGUAU